AUAUGCUGGGUGAUGUGGACGGGGCGUAGUACGUUACUCAACUGAGCUUUUCCCUUUUUUUUGCAACUGUCGUUUUGUUGUGAAAUUAUAACUUAAAAUCGUUCUGAUAUAGUGGUUAUUUGGCAUGUUUCAAGUAACCCGCCUGGUAGUAUGUUAGCUCCUUCAUUUGAACUGCAUGUAUCAGAGCGCGUGAAGCCGUGAGCUGUUUUUAGAGUAACGUUACUGCGCUUUAAUUUUAACCCUCGUAUCCAUUCUGGCGGAAAUCUUAAUUUGCGAGUACUGCACUGAAAAACAUUAUACUCAAUUUUUUUAAGGUCCUUUGAGGGUAAGGUCAAAUGAUCAUGGCUGCUACCUCCCAGGUGUUCAGGGUCAUCCGUGGCAGGAGGUUUGGUCGGAUCCUGGCACCAGCCAUAACAUGCCAAAACUGCAGCCAGUCACACAGCUUUGAACAAAGAUGCCGGCACCAGGUGCGGGGAUACAGGACCUCACCUGCAUGGCACACCUACUACUUGACCCCACCUCAGGUUAACAGCAUUCUAAAAGCUAAUGAGUACAGCUUCAAAGUUCCUGAGUUUGAUGGCAAGAACCUCAGUUCAGUCAUGGGCUUUGACAGCAACCAACUACCGGCAAAUGCACCCAUUGAGGAUCGCCGAAGUGCAGCAACAUGCUUGCAGACCCGUGGCAUGCUUUAUGGUGUAUUUGAUGGCCAUGCAGGCUGCGCGUGUGCUCAGGCACUCACUGAGCGCCUCUUCUAUUACAUUGCCGUCUCAUUAUUGCCACAUGAGACGCUGAUGGAGCUGGAGAAUGCAUUGGAGACUGGGCGACCUCUUCACCCGAUACUGCAGUGGCACAAGCAUCCCAACGACUACUUCAGCAAGGAAGCCUCACGGCUCUACUUUUCCAGCUUGCGCACAUACUGGCAGGAACUGCUGGACCUGAGCGUUCCUGGGGAGCAACCAGAUGUUGCUGAAGCUCUUGUGACUGCUUUUAAAAGGUUGGACAAUGACAUAUCCCUUGAAGCGCAGGUUGGCGACCCGAAUGCGUUCUUGCACUACUGGGUGCUCCGUGUUGCAUUCUCAGGCGCUACUGCGUGUGUUGCACACAUUGAUGGUAACGAUCUGCAUAUUGCCAACACUGGAGAUUGCCGUGCAGUCCUGGGCGUACAAGAACCUGAUGGCUCUUUUUCUGCCCUUACGCUCAGCAACGACCACAAUGCGCAGAAUGAAUCCGAGAUGAAGCGCGUGCGGUCCGAGCACCCGCUUUCUGAGGCCAAGAGUGUGGUGAAGCAGGAUCGCCUGUUGGCGUUACUCAUGCCGUUUCGCGCCUUUGGAGAUGUUAAAUUCAAGUGGAGCAUUGACCUGCAGCGCCGUGUUCUUGAGUCCGGACCAGACCAGCUCCAUGAGAAUGAGCACGCCAAGUUCAUCCCACCCAACUAUCACACACCACCCUACCUCACGGCAGAACCAGAGGUGACUCGACACCGCCUUCGUCCACAGGAUCGUUUCCUGGUGCUGGGUUCAGACGGGCUGUGGGAAACGCUACACAGGCAGGAGGUGGUGAGGAUUGUGGGUGAACAUCUCACUGGAGUGCACCAGCAGCAGCCAGUCAGCGUUGGCGGCUAUAAGGUGACCUUAGGUCAGAUGCAGGGAUUGUUGCAGGAGAGGAAGGCUCGCAUCUCUUCCACCUUCGAGGACCAGAAUGCGGCUACGCACCUGAUUCGGCACGCGGUGGGGAGUAAUGAGUUUGGAAUGGUGGACCAUGAGAGGUUGUCAAAGACGUUAAGCUUGCCAGAGGAAUUAGCCCGCAUGUAUAGGGAUGAUAUCACAAUCAUUAUAGUGCAGUUUAACCCACACGUCAUUGGCGGACAGUAGAAGCGGACACACUCUUUCUUUCACAUGCUCUGUUACAUACAUCAUCAAUUCUAAUCUUACGCACAAUCUCAUCACAACAUUUUCAGUAAUAUCAGCACAGCAAAAUGUUACCUAUACCAGUGGAAUGUAUUACUCUGAGUGUAUAUUUAUGUUCAUUUUUAUUUUCACAUCUUUAUGGCAGCUGCCUUUGAAAUGAAUUCUAAUAUUCAAUAGGUGAGCGGUGUUGAUUCCCAGUGUUAGGCGAUAUGUGGAAUUAAGCCAAACAGAAAAGAUUAUGCUAAAAUCACAGCAGACUUACAAACACUAUUAAACCCUCAAAAUGCACAAACACAAAACCAAAAAUCAAGACUGGAAAUGUACUAAUGUAGGUUCAGCAGAUUUUGCACUGAGGAGAGACUUUAUAUAGUGCUUGUUUUGUGCCAAAAUUUGCUUUUAUGUUGUGUGGUUUUAAUUUUUGAAUGAAUGAAAAAGGAAAGUAAAGCAAAGGUCAUUUAAAAUGUUGAGUGAGAAAGAAUGAGGAUAGAAAGCAAAACAGAUCCAGAUAUGUACUUUUAAGUUGGAGUGCUCUGUAACUAUGUUGAAUGAGAAGGACAAUUUACCCAAAAGUGUAAAUUCUGUUAUUUACUCGCGCUCUUGUAAUUCUAAACCUGUAUGAUUUUGUGGUCAAAAACAAGAUAUUUUGAAAAAUGUCCCAGUGACUGAAAAUCAGUCUUAUUUUGGACCCCUCUGGCUUUCAUUUUACAGUUACUAAUAAUGCCUUUUUUGUGUCCUACAUGCAGGUUUAGAACAACAUAGGGGUGAGUAAAUGAUCAGAGAAUUUUCAUUUUUGAGUUGGCUAUCUAUUUAAUGUUUUAAGUAGGUUCUAAAGAACCAAACAAGUUGCUAAUGCCACUAAUUAUCCAGGGACAUGAAAGCAGCAGUGUGUUUUUCAGAGUUUUACUUUUUUUUUUUUUUUUUUUUUUGCAGUCUGUAUUCUAUCUUUAUUUGAAUACUAAUAAUCUUUAUUAUAUCCAAGUUCUUUUUUUUUUUUGUACAGCAUGCUUUAGUAGGUACAGUUUUUCAUGAAGCACAUCUUGGAGUUCAAGUGUCAUCAAAACAUGGUUUGCACAACCAAAAUGAUCUUCUCAGUAGUGUAAAAGUCCUGAUAAAGAGGUCUGCGUUAUUUUAUUUUACCUGUACAUGGAAUCAGAAGUUGAGCAUUUGAUGGUUUGCAGUAAGGCAGAAGUUACAUACUGUUCCUUAACUGACACUUUUAACAUGUAAAAUUGUAAUUUGAGACCGAACUGCUACUGCACACAAAAUAUUCUCUGUUACUUAUCUCUCUUACCUCAGUCCCUUCUGACAGUGAUCUUUUAUUUAUAAUGCUGCUGGCCAUUGCUGAAAUUCCUGUUUGGGUUCCUGAUGUGUGGAUGUGUGCUGAAUUUCUGAAAGGUAUUUAAGGAAACGGGUUAAUGACACAGCAAACCAGAUGUGCUCUCACUUAUUGUUUACACUACAAUGGGGAAAUGUGAACCUGAAGGGUUUUUUGAUUUGGUUUCUAAGUAUUUUUCCAGGUGUCACAACAUUUUUCAGGUGAUUACUGGCCACAAGGUAGAGAUUAGAAUUUGAGUUCAAUGUAAUUUUUUUUGGUCCGAGGGUUAUUGAACAAGGUUAAAUCCACAACUCUGUGAUUGUGCUUUUCUUGCCUGUUUUCAUUAUGUUCUCAGCUCUUGCACAAGAACACUGAUUACCACAUGAAAUGUUUUGAAUGAUAGUCAAUUAAUGUAAUACUUUAUUAAAGUUAUAGGCUUGCUGAAGUGUAAAUAUAGACUGCUUUAUACUUGAAGUAAAUGUAUGCUGCAGCUUGUUAAGUUUGAAAUGUUUAGUAUAUUUUGCAGCAUGUCAAAUGUAUUUAACAAUAUUACAAUGUGCUGGUGCAUGGGCAUGACUUCUGCAAGUACUCUUGCCUUUUAUAUUUCAGAUGUUUUAAUAAAAAUGUAACCAAGUAA